AUGGCAGGUAUUACAGCCGCAACGCUGAAAGCUGAGGCAUUCGAUCACCUUGACCUGGAUCCUACCAAAAGUGAAUCCUCCGGAGACGAGGUCGAUUGGACGGAGGCAGAAGAGACGGCCAUAAGAAGGAAGAUUGAUCGACGCAUUGUACCCCUCGUCACCGUGCUGUACCUCUUCUGCUUCCUCGACCGCGCCAAUAUCGGAAAUGCCAGAAUUCAGGGCAUGGCCAAAGACCUCGACCUCGUCGGCUAUCGCUUCAACUGGGCUCUCAGCGUCUUCUACAUCAUCUACCUCCUUGUUGAGGUGCCCAGUAACAUUCUCCUGAAACAUGUCGGUCCACGGUACUACAUUCCCGGAUUGGUGUUCGGAUUCGGGUUUAUAUCUAUCUGCACGGCAUUCGUGAAGAACUUCAACGAGCUGUGCGUGGCAAGAGCAUUCCUGGGUGUUUUUGAAGGUGGCACCAUGCCCGGAAUUUCCUUCUUCCUCAGCACGUUCUACAAGCGACGAGAACUGUACUUCCGCAUCGGAAUUUUCAUCUCGGCCGCAUCGAUCGCUGGAGCUUUUGGAGGCUUGUUCGCGACAGCCUUGGCCUGGCGGAAUAUCUUCUUCUUCGAAGGACUGCUGACAUGCGUCCUUGCCGCUGGAGCUCCCGCGUUGAUGCCGUCAAAUCCGCUAACAUGCAAGUUCCUCACCGAACGAGAGCGUCAUAUCGCCCAUCACCGCUUGAUCCGGGAGCACCGAGCCGAUCCGAUGGAGAAAGUCCAGUGGCACCACGUCAAAGCCGCCAUUUUCAACAUCAACAACAACCUUGCUGCUUUCGGUUUCUUCCUGAUCAACAUUACCGUACAGGGCUUGUCCAUCUUCAUGCCAACAAUUCUGGCAGAUCUCGGCUGGACCGCAACAAAGGCACAACUGUACUCGGUCCCGCCCUAUGUGGCCGCAUGCCUGAUUGCAAUUUUGAUCGCUUAUAUUAGCGACAAGACCCGUCGGCGUGGCAUCUACCUCGCCUUGGCCACUUUCCUGCCCAUCGCCGGCUUUUCCAUCCUCAGAUGGAGCACCAACUCGAAUAUCCGCUACAUGGCUGUCUAUUUCAUCACCACGGGUGCCUUCCCUGGUGGGCCUGGAUUCCUGUCCUGGGGGAUUAACAAUUCUGCUGGGCCUGCAGUACGAGCUGUUGCAACUGCAUGGAUUGUGUCGAUUGGAACGCUAGGCGGCGUCCUCGCCACAUGGACAUACCUCAUUCGCGAUGCGCCACGAUAUCCAAUUGGCCACAGCAUCAACCUCGGAGCUCAGAUCCUUGUGCUUUGCGUCGCUACCUUUGGCAUUGUGUAUAACAUGCGUGAGAACAAGGCCAGAGAUCAGGGCAAGAGAAAUCAUCGGCUGGAUGGCUUGAAUGACGCGGAGAAGCGAGACCUUGGCCACAAACAUCCGGACUUCAGGUACAUUCCUUGA